AUGGCAGCACCAACUUUGAUUGACCUCAGAUUCAGGCUACCAGAUGGCAAUGAUAUUGGGCCAAACAAGUACACUGCAGCAGCCACUGUGGCGACGCUGAAAGAGCAUGUAAUUGAGCAAUGGCCAAAAGACAAGGAAAAUGGCCCAAAGAAUAUAAAAGAUGUGAAGCUUAUAUAUGCUGGACAUGUACUGGAAAACCAUAGAACACUUGCUGAGUCCCGACUUCCUGCUGGUGACCUUCUUGCAGGUGUCGUCACCAUACAUGUUGUUCUGCGUCCUCCUGUUCCACAGAGAAGCAAUGGUGGGUAA